CUGUCGGCAGCACGCAGAGGAGGAAGCAGCGGGCAGCGUGUAGAGUGAGGGGCGGGACCGGCAGGCCUGCGGAGGGUCCGGCGGCAGAGGCCGGGCCAUGCGGAUGUGCUGGGGGUUAGGGCUGCCGGGGCCCGCGUGGGUGGUCGCCACCGAGGUGCUGCUCCUGAGCUGCGUGGGGCUGGCGCGCGCCUCCGAAGACAUCGUGGUGGGCUGCGGGGGCUUCGUCAAGUCGGAUGUGGAGAUCAACUACUCGCUCAUCGAGAUAAAGUUAUACACCAAGCAUGGGACUUUGAAAUACCAAACUGACUGUGCCCCUAACAAUGGUUACUUUAUGAUCCCCUUGUAUGAUAAGGGAGAUUUCAUUCUGAAGAUUGAGCCUCCCCUAGGGUGGAGUUUUGAGCCAACAAACGUGGAGCUAUAUGUGGAUGGCGUCAACGACAUCUGCACAAAGGGCGGGGACAUCAACUUUGUGUUCACAGGGUUCUCUGUGAAUGGAAAGGUUCUCAGCAAAGGGCAGUCCCUGGGUCCUGCAGGAGUUCAGGUGUCUCUGAGGAACACGGGGACCGAUGCCAAGAUCCAGUCCACAGUCACACAGCCUGGUGGAAAGUUUUCGUUUUUUAAAGUUCUUCCUGGAGAUUAUGAAAUCCUUGCAACUCAUCCAACGUGGGCCUUGAAAGAGGCGAGCACCACUGUGCGAGUCACGAACUCCAACGCCAAUACCGCCAGUCCCCUUGUGGUGGCUGGUUACAACGUGUCAGGCUCUGUCCGCAGUGAUGGGGAGCCCAUGAAAGGGGUGAAGUUUCUUCUCUUCUCUUCUUCAGUAGCCAAAGAGGAUGUCCUGGGCUGCAACAUAUCCCCAGCGCCAGGGUUCCAGCCCCAGGAGGAGAGCCUGGUGUAUUUGUGCUAUGUGGUCUCGAAAGAAGAUGGCUCCUUCUCCUUCUCUUCCUUGCCAAGUGGGGGCUACACUGUGAUUCCCUUCUAUCGAGGGGAGAGGAUUACCUUUGAUGUUGCUCCUUCUAGACUUGACUUUACAGUGGAACACGACAGCCUGAAAAUUGAGCCCGUGUUCCACGUCAUGGGAUUCUCUGUCACUGGGAGGGUGUUGAAUGGACCUGAAGGAGAAGGUGUCCCAGAAGCAGUGGUCACUCUGAACAACCAAAUCAAAGUUAAAACAAAAGCUGAUGGCUCAUUCCGUCUAGAGAAUAUAACAACUGGGACAUACACCAUCCAUGCUCAGAAAGAGCACCUCUACUUCGAAACUGUUACAAUCAAAAUUGCACCCAACACGCCUCAGCUGGCUGACAUCAUCGCAACAGGGUUCAGUGUCUGUGGCCAGAUAUCGAUCACUCGCUUCCCUGACACUGUCAAGCAGAUGAGUAAAUACAAAGUUGUCCUGUCGUCUCAAGACAAGGACAAGUCUUUGGUCACCGUGGAGACAGAUGUUCAUGGAUCAUUUUGUUUUAAAGCAAAACCAGGGGCCUACAAAGUCCAGGUAAUGGUUCCAGAGGCAGAGACCAGAGCAGGGCUCACGUUGAAGCCCCAGACAUUUUCCCUUGCUGUGACUGACAGGCCUGUGAUGGACGUGGCCUUUGUACAGUUUUUGGCAUCGGUUUCUGGGAAGGUCUCUUGUUUGGACACCUGCGGUGACCUGCUGGUGACCCUACAGUCCCUGAGCCGCCAGGGCGAGAAGCGGAGCCUGCAGCUUUCUGGCAAGGUCAACUCAAUGACUUUCACAUUUGACAACGUGCUUCCUGGAAAAUACAAAAUAAGCAUCAUGCAUGAAGACUGGUGCUGGAAGAACAAGAGCCUGGAGGUUGAAGUCCUGGAGGAUGACGUGUCAGUGAUUGAGUUCAGGCAGACGGGCUAUAUGUUGAGAUGUUCCCUCUCUCAUGCCAUCACUCUGGAAUUUUAUCAGGAUGGAAAUGGACCCGAGAACGUGGGGAUUUAUAACCUCUCCAAAGGAGUCAACCGAUUCUGCCUGUCCAAGCCUGGUGUGUACAAGGUGACCCCUCGUUCCUGCCACCGGUUUGAGCAAGCAUUCUACACCUAUGACACGUCUUCACCCAGCAUCUUGACGUUGACAGCCAUUCGCCAUCAUGUCCUUGGAACCAUCACCACUGACAAAAUGAUGGAUGUCACUGUGACUAUCAAAUCUUCCAUUGACAGUGAACCCGCCUUGGUCCUAGGCCCCCUGAAGUCUGUGCAGGAGCUGCGGAGGGAGCAGCAGCUGGCUGAGAUCGAGAGCCGCAGGCAGGAGAGGGAGAAGAACGGCCAGGAAGAGGGUGGAGAAGGAAGGACCAAACCCCUUGUGCAAGAGAUGGUGGAUGAGUUGCAAGGCCCCUUCUCCUACGACUUCUCAUACUGGGCACGGUCUGGAGAGAAAAUCACUGUCACACCCUCAUCAAAAGAGCUGCUUUUUUAUCCCCCAUCCAUGGAGGCCACGGUCAGCGGAGAAAGCUGCCCAGGAAAGCUGAUCGAGAUCCAUGGGAAAGCAGGCUUAUUUCUAGAAGGCCAGAUCCACCCAGAGUUGGAAGGAGUGGAGAUUGUCAUCAGUGAGAAAGGGGCGAGUUCACCCCUGAUCACUGUCUUCACUGAUGACAAGGGUGCCUAUAGUGUUGGGCCCCUGCACAGUGAACUGGAAUAUACUGUAUCCUCACAGAAGGAGGGCUACAUCUUGACUGCUGUGGAAGGAACUAUAGGAGACUUUAAGGCUUAUGCCUUAGCAGGCAUAAGCUUCGAGAUAAAAGCUGAAGAUGACCAGCCCCUCCCUGGGGUCCUCUUAUCCCUCAGCGGUGGUGUGUUCCGUUCCAACCUCUUGACUCAGGACAAUGGCAUUCUGACAUUCUCAAACCUGAGCCCCGGUCAGUAUUACUUCAAGCCCAUGAUGAAGGAAUUCCGGUUUGAGCCAUCCUCACAGAUGAUCGAGGUGCAGGAGGGACAGAACUUAAAGAUCACUGUCACCGGGUACCGGACGGCUUACAGUUGCUAUGGUACAGUUUCUUCCUUGAAUGGAGAGCCAGAACAGGGUGUCGCCGUGGAAGCAGUGGGACAGAAUGACUGUAGCAUUUACGGAGAGGACACUGUGACAGAUGAAGAGGGAAAGUUCAGAUUACGUGGAUUGCUGCCGGGAUGUGUGUACCACGUUCAGCUCAAGGCGGAAGGCAACGAUCACAUUGAACGGGCCCUCCCCCACCACCGGGUAAUUGCGGUUGGGAAUAAUGACAUCGAUGACAUUAACAUCAUAGUUUUCCGGCAGAUUAAUCAAUUUGAUUUAAGUGGAAACGUGAUCACCUCCUCCGAGUAUCUUCCUACAUUAUGGGUGAAACUGUACAAAAGCGAAAACCUAGACAACCCAAUCCAGACGGUUUCCCUCGGCCAGUCCCUUUUCUUCCACUUCCCGCCCCUGCUCAGAGAUGACCAGAAUUACAUUGUGCUUCUGGACUCCACGCUCCCCAGAUCCCAGUAUGACUAUGUCUUGCCCCAAGUCUCCUUCACAGCAGUGGGCUACCAUAAACAUAUCACCUUGAUUUUCAACCCCACGAGGAAACUUCCUGAGCAAGACAUUGCACAAGGAUCCUACAUUGCCCUGCCUCUGACGCUGCUUGUCCUCUUGGCCGGCUACAACCACGAUAAGCUCAUCCCACUGCUGUUGCAGUUGACAAGUCGGCUGCAGGGUGUCCGUGCACUUGGCCAAACAGCCUCUGACAGUAGCGGCCCAGAAGAUGCAAAGAGACAAGCCAAGAAACAGAAGACAAGGCGGACGUGAGGAGGUAGAGGGGCAGCUGAAAUCUCACUGGACAGGCCACAGCCAAGGCGCUACCACCUGCCCUUGGCAUGAAGCACUCACUCGACUAACUUCCUUCUGCACGUGCUCUUUGUCCCACGCCCCUGUGGGCGCAGCUGCCUGUCCCUGCCCACCCCCCACCCCCAAUCUGGCCCCUUGGUGCAAUGCCAUGAAUGGACCCUCCUGUCACUCUGCUGAGCACAAUUUAUUUUCUGAGUUGAAGAUAAUUUAUUAUUAUUAUUUUUGUCAAAGAUGUAUUUAAGCUGUGCUGGUAGUGUGAGGAUGAAAUUCUUAAUCUUCAGCGUUCAUUUGGAAGAAGAAUUUCGAUAAACAUGGGUCUUGGUUUGCUAAUGAAGAAGUACCUGUUGGAUUUACCUUUUCCCUUAAUUUCCCUCUGCGUCCGAGAUCCGUGCUGCAAAGUGCAGAACCUGCAUCUACUACUAGGAGGGUAUGUUAGGAGGUAAAAAUCAAUAAAAUUGCCCAUUUGUUUGUGUUGUA